UAGUUUUAAAUGACUUUAUUGUUUUUCGAAGUAUUCUCCACGAAGCACUUAUUCCACUCCUUUGCUGGCAGAUCAAAAACGGCAUUUUUGAAUGCAUCAACUGCUUCUUCUGGUGACUGGAACCUUUGACCACGCAGUCUGUUUUUAAUUUUCGGGAAAGUAAAGAAAUCGUUAGGACUUAGAUCGAGACUAUAUGGAGGAUGGUCCAAUAAUUCCACGUUUU